AUGGUUGAAGAGAGAGCCAACAAGGCCGUGCCCAUGUCCUCCAUCACGUUCUUCAGCGGUGCUGGGAUACAAGAAAGGUUGAUGAAACAGUGGACGCUGGAGCUAACGGAGGCUGAAGGUGGAUAUGUGGGAAAGGAGGCCUCGUUACCAUUUGCGAACGAGAUGAAGAAUGUCUUGAUGAACACAGUCACAGAGAUCUUCAUCGCGUUCACAGGGCUAACGCUACACGAAGACCCCAAGAUCAUGACGCUGCUGAAUGAGGUGAGCUGA